ACUAGUCUGCGCUUUAAGGUAGCCUAGCAACCUGCCUGACGUUGUGACAUUUUAAUUCUCUGUAUGGUGGUGUACGACUAACUCUCGGAUUAAUUACAUAAUUGACACGACAGAUGCUCAAUUAAUUUAUGUAAUCCUAGUCACAACGUCAGUUGAAUUUGGGGGUUGAGAUUCAUCUUGGGUUCCUUUAUUACGGUCGCCAGCUCUGACUCUAUUCUUAAUCAGACAGUCUCCGGACGGUGUGUAAGUGAUGUUGGUUCCUCUCUAGGAAAACAGUUGCACUGGUCAGAUAGCAGGUAAACAGGAUCGAGGCGCAGGCAACUGUCCCGUAAACUGAACAGUCGGUAUCACGCGCACAGAAGCUCCAUCAGUAAUCUAUCUCAAGGAUGCUGUGUUUACUGGACAUCAGGCACGAGUCUACUGUUUUUCACGUUUUAGAACACUAAACUCGCGUACCGGGAACAGCGCCCGGUUUUUCACCUUUGACAGGUCGCGCUAGUGUCACUCACGGGCUGUCAUUCGCCGAGGUAUCGACUUGUCAUUCCCCGGGGCGUAGUAUAUUUCAGAUGAGUCUAGAAGAAAGCCGUUAACCGUAAAGUGCUGGUGUUUUGACGAUUGAAAACCUGUAGAUAUUUGUCCCAUAUCAUGGACUAAUUCAAUUGGAUAAGUAUUUCAUCAUGCCCUGCCUUGCGCCAGGUUGAGACCGAUUCACUGGCGAAGCAUUUCACCUUGCAGAUGAAAGGUUGAUGGAUCAAAUGCAGCAGAAACAAAGCAGUAUAGAUCCAGCAAGAGUCUCUAGACAACCUGGAUUGAAUGCUGUUCCAGGACCUGCUCUACCCCUACAGCCAACAGCCCGGGACACCGCUAUGACCUGUCCCAUAGUGGGAUCCGGGAAACUCCCAGGAAUGGGUCCAGUUCAGGCCUCAGGUGUACGUGAGAUGCUACACCCGGUGAGGCCGGAGCAUGUACAGCCUGGGUCCAGUGCUGCAGUUCCAGUCAACAUCAGCCGUCCCAGACCUACUGCACUGAAUUCCUCCAGAGGUCCAGAGGCUGAUAUGAAGGAUAAGGCCUUUAUUCCAAACCGCAUUCCUGGACCACACAGCCCCAUCUCCCUGUCCCAGUCCCCCACAGAGUCUUCCCAGUUGUCCCGCAGUCCUCAGAGUCCUCAUAGCACUCAGCCUUACACCAGCCAGUCUUACCUCAUCCCACAGCCUAACCUGCCUCAGCCUUGCCUCACCCCGCCAUCCAGCCUCAGCCUCAAACCAGGCUCCAGUCCACAACCCCAGGGGACCAGAUCCCCUGGGGGCGCUGUGAAGAACCAGCUACAGACUGACAAGACUGAAGGAGAAACAGAUUACGGCUUCAGGGUUCACAUUGUCACAUGGAAUGUGGGCUCUGCUCUUCCUCCUGAUGACAUCACCUCUCUGUUUGGGCCGCAUGCUGGCGAUGGGAGCACAGACAUGUUUAUCAUUGGGCUACAGGAAGUUAACUCUAUGAUUAACAAGCGGCUGAAGGAUGCUCUCUUCACCGACCAGUGGAGUGAACUCUGCAUGGACACACUGAGUCGAUUUGGAUAUGUGCUGGUGACGUCCCAGCGUAUGCAGGGGGUGCUGUUGCUGGUGUUCUCAAAAUGUUGUCAUCUUCCAUUUCUGAGGGGUUUGCAGACAGAGAAAACACGCACAGGCCUCGGGGGCUACUGGGGUAAUAAAGGGGGUGUAAGUGCGAGGAUGACAAUGUUCGGCCACCCGGUGUGUUUCCUGAACUGUCAUCUGCCGGCUCACAUGCGGAACCUGGAGCAGCGCAUGGAGGACUUUGGAAGCAUUCUGCAGCAACAGCAGUUUGAGGGCGGGACCGCCUCGGGUGUGCUGGACCACGACGUGGUGUUCUGGUUUGGAGAUCUUAACUUCCGCAUAGAGGACUAUGACAUUCAUGUGGUGAAGAGUGCCAUUGACAGCAAUAAACUACCUUUGCUGUGGGAGAGAGACCAGCUCAACAUAGCCAAAAAUAGUGAGUCCAUCUUAGACGGCUUCUUAGAAGGCCCUCUCAAAUUCCCCCCCACAUAUAAGUUUGAUGUGGGGACACACACAUACGACACCAGCAGUAAGAAGCGAAAGCCAGCAUGGACAGACCGUAUCCUGUGGCGUCUGCGUUGUACGGGCUCCCCUGUUCCUACCCACAAUGCUGCGCUGCAGCAUGGCCUGACCUCUUGGCUGGGAGGGGCAACCAAGGUGGUGCAACAUUCCUACCGCAGUCACAUGGGCUACACCUGCAGCGAUCACAAGCCUGUCUCUGCUGUCUUCUCAUUACAUUUCCCAUUUAAAGUGGACCUUCCUCUUGUAACGUUAGAGUAUGUGAAGGAGUGGACUAAGGUUUCUGACGCUACAGUCAGAUUCACUGUGAUGUCCAACGUCCAGCGCAGCUCAUGGGACUGGGUUGCAAUAUACAAGGUUGGGUUCAAACAUCACAAGGACUAUGUAACAUAUGUGUGGGCCAAAGCAGAUCAUGGGUCACAGGUGACAUUUACAGAGGAGGAUUUACCCAAGGAUGCAGGGGAAUACAUUUUGGGUUUCUACAGUAAUAACAUGAACACUAUUAUCGGCGUGACAUCGCCCUUUCAGAUCCAUGUUCCUGUGCGCAGCCCGACAGUCACAACAGUAUGCCGCUCAGACAGUUCUGACGUCAGCUCGGAGGAUGACAGCACACUGGUCCUGCUGGCCCCUGCUAGCUCCCGCAGCCCAAGCCCUGGAAAAAUAAAACGCCACCGCCGCAGCCACAGUCCUGCUCACUCCAACACCCCCAUGCCCUCCCUGCAGAGCCUCAGCCUGCACCCUCGUCCCCUAGAGGGGAUCCCAAGCAGCCGCUCGCCCUGCUCUUCUGCUAAGAAGGAGCGCCUGGUGUCCCCCCAGGACACCCUGCCAUCGCCCAUCAGCUCGCUCUCCCCCCGCAGCCCUGUGUCCCCUGGAGGUGGGGUCUCAGCCCCAGAGGCUCUAAUCGCUGCCAUCCUGGGGGAGCAUAGACCAACUCAGGUCACCCCCACAGGGGGCAGGUCACCAGGCAAGACUGGAAAGACAAGUUUAUGAGGAGCCCAACCAACAAUAUCUGUGGGGUCAUGAAUAUGCAGAGACAUUAAAGGUUGAAUUCAAUCCAUAUCGAAGAAUUAUUGUGGAAGAUCCGCAUUAUAGCUCGAAAUUUAAAGGCAAUGUUCCCGCUUUCACGGAGACUGUGUUGACGGAAAACGCUGCAUAUGUCGGCUCAAUCGGAAAUUACCCUUCAAUUUGUUUCUGCGAUACAGAUUCUAGAUCUAGCCCUAAGAUAAGACUGUUGAAAUGAGGCCAGUAAAGACCAUAUGCUGAUCUGACCUCACACUGUCACUGCACUCAUAAAAGCAGUGCAUUGUAGGAGUUGUAGUUUGCAACAUUCCACAUGGUGAUCAACCAGUUGUCUCUAUUUCUUAAAACCUGUUAAAUGUAAUGUCAAAAUGUAGAUUUCCGCCUAAAUAGACAUACCCAAAAGUAAUUAUUUAUCAUGACAGGGCCAUAAACAAUACCAGCUAAUGCUUAGCUGAGGAUACAAGGAUACAAGCUGAGGAUACAAGCUCAAGUACACUGUGCAAAUAUGAAACAUCACACAUAUAUAUACAUGUAUGUGUGUGUAUUUGUUUUCCUAUUCAACAAAAGUGGGGGAAUAUGGAUUUUAAUUAUUGAAAUGCUUUCAAAAUAUAGUAACAAUGAAAUUCUAAACGACUUACUCUAAGAUUUCACCUUAACUAAAAUAAAUAUGAUCAUACAAAAUUGGCACCAUUUCAAAUAACUGACGACAGAGACUUUUCACCCCAACAUCCUCUGAGAGACGCAGGGACGCCAUUCAAAUUCCAGCAGACUCGUGACGCCAGCUUUAAGCACAAAGUGAUUUCGUCCCUAUGUGACCAAGAGAAAGUGACAUUGUUUCAAUUCUACGAAAUAAUUUUGUAUUUUUUCAUGUUGUGAGCUCUAAAUCCACCUGAGAACAUUACAGCGAGAUGAGACCGCUUUAUCUGCAAUCGCUAGGCUCUCCGUUUCACAUGCAAUUUCACAUACUGCAUGUCAGCUGAGGGCGGAGAGAGGCAUGAGAAGGGUGACAACCAGAGCUUUCACGGAGUUCACAGCAAUUGAUGCUGUGCCGUUCACAGAGCGCUCUGUACACAAAAAUGUUGUUCGGAACCGGUCCAGAACUGCUCAAAGUCCCCUAAAUAUAAGACUUUACAUCUAAGAUCAAUCUACUUAUCAGUGACUCCAUCCUGUAGGGGGCUAGUCCAAAUCGCUAAAAGUUUAAGCGUUAUCCCAAGUGCUAUACAGACUCGUAUCAAUACUGUAUGUACACAAAUGUAAAACCAAAGCAAGAGUAAAUCUGCAAUGUACAUUAUUGUUGUUAUAUAGUAAAUUGAUGGGAUGUCUGUAAAUAUGCUCUACCUAUCGGCCUGGAUCACUUGGUGUGGUAUGAUUUCUGUCUUUCUAUACUCCCAAGCUCCAAUUUCUAUUAAAGUGGUUUGUUUCUGAAUCUUCCCAUCUUGUGUGUAUAUGUGUAGCACUGUACAUGUUUGAGAAAAAAAUAUUGUCUUAUUUUCAGAGUUAAUACUUCUAAUGGUUUAGUGGUUUGUUUUGGUUGUUGAAAUAUUGGUUGUGUGAGGGUGUCUGAAGAAAAUAAAAUUAACAACAUGAAAAAGAGA